AUGGCGACUCCUCAGCAGCCCCACCAAGCCGGCCCAUCGUCUGCCCAGUCCGCCGCGCACGGUCCGUUCACCGCCCCCCUCCCCCCAGCAAACUUCCCCACAUUCGUCAUCGACUUCAUCACCGGCCCUGCCUCGAGAACUCGCCCGUCGAGCUUCGGCAGGCUUUUGACGAGUUUCGGGUUCUUUUGGAGGGAAUGGCACAGCAGAAGUUGGACAGCUGGGCUGAAUGGAACGGGCACGCGUUCACUGGGAGAGGAGGAGGCCGGCGUAUUGACAGAAGAACAGAGGGAGGAGGAGGCCGGUGUGUUGACAGAAGAACAGAGUGAGGAGGACGUGCGAGCGGCGUAUGCUCGACUGAGUGCCCGUUCUAUCCGAUUAUCCGUCGACUUUAAGGAUCGCCUAUUCUCUUCAGCCACCCAUUCAGCCACCCAUUCAACCCAGCUAGCCAACUUUUGCUUUAUAACCGUCAAUAUGGUACGACAAGCCGAGGCCGAUCGAUCUCAGGUGGAGGACAGGAUGGUUGUGAUGUAG